AUGCCUCACUAUAAGACCUCGUACGAGAAUGGACAAGGUGGGCUCCGUCAUCCUAACCUUCCGCCGUUCGAGUUCGACGAGCAAGGGCAGAUCAACGUCUGGCCCUGCGAGAUCUACCGUCGAUUCGAUAUUCUGCCCGGCACGCUCUGUUUCCCCUACCUGAAAACUCACAAGAAGAACCACAAGACCAACGGCCGCCAUAUCGGUGUUGAGAGCCAGCGGCGCGGCCCGACAACCUCGACAGACCAGCAGGCGGCACUUGGCAAUUGA